ACCAUGACCAAGGUGAUGAGAAGGCUUGCUGGAGCCGGUAGGUGGGGCGAUGCCAUAAAGACUUUCAAAAGCAUUGAGAGCUUUGGUGUUAGGAAAGAUACCAUUGCUAUUAAUGCACUAUUAGAUACCUUGUGUAAGGAGAAGAGUGUUAAGCAUGCAAGAGAUGCAUUUUUGGAAUUGAGGGAUGAAGUACAACCUAAUGCUAGUAGUUUUAAUAUUUUGAUUCAUGGAUGGAGCAAAGCACGAAAAAUUGAAGAGGCUAUAAGAAUGAUUGAGGAAAUGAGAGAAUUUGGUUAUACCCCUUGUGUGAUUACAUUCACUUCUCUGAUUGAAGGCUAUUGCUUGGAAAAGAACUUUAGAAUGGCCUGUGCAAUUCUUAAUGAGAUGCGUGGGUAUGGGUGUCAACCCAAUGUUGUCACAUAUACUAUAAUAAUGCAUUCUUUGGCUAAGGACAAAGAAAUUCAAGAAGCCUUGCUAGUAUUUGAGAUGAUGAAGGAUGAUGGUUGUGCUCCAGAUACCUCAUUCUAUAAUUCUUUGAUUUUUUUGAUGGCGAAGUCAGGGAAAUUGCGAGAUGCACAUCACAUAUUUGAGCAAAUGUGCAAAAACGGCAUCUUACCAGAUGUGACCACAUUCAAUACCUUAAUUUCAGCUUCCUGUGAUUACUCUGAGGCAGAGAAUGCUCUAAAGCUAGUCUUCUCAAUGCAAGAAUUUGAUUGCAAACCUGACAUCAAAACUUACACACCCUUAUUGAAACUUUGUUGUAAAUGGAAAUGGGUGUGAGUCCUUUUGUAUUUACUUGGGCACAUGUUUAAGAAAGAUAUUAGCCUUGACUCUAGUGCAUAUAAUCUGUUGGUGCUUGGACUUUGCCGAAAUGGCAAAAUAGAACAAUCUUGUUUAUUUUUUGUGAAAAUGGUUAUGACAGGGUUCACACCUAAACAAAACACAUACUGUAUUCUAAUCAAGGAACUGGAAAGAAAGAAUAUGGAUAGAGUAAAAUUAAAGAUACAACAAUGCAUG